AUGUUCCAGCACACGACAUUACCACUCCAUGCGGCUCCGAGUGAAGUAGCGGCAGGUUAUGGUUCACGUACACGGAAUCUUACCUUGGAAGACAUUAAUUCCGAUGCCAUCUCCAAGAUCGCCCAAAAACACUACUACUUGACCGACAAAAAACCAGAAUGGGAUCCGAGCAUCGUCGAGACAAUUAUCGAAAAAGAACUUGAUAAUUUCAAUGCUCGAAAGGUCAUGUUGCUGGAAUAUACACAAUAUCUUGAAAAGUACCUCUGGCCUUUCUUUGACGCGAAUACAGCAACGUUCAACCACGUCUUGUCUAUUUGCCUUAUUGUCAAUGAAAAGUUCCGUCAACGCGUAUCACCAUGGGACACGUUCGCUUCUGAUCCCGCCAAAUUUGCUUCCUUCUUUGGACGCGUGAUUCGUCUUUCUGUUCCACCACAAUCAAACGAACGGUCAUUACUUGUCCGCCGUAUCAUUUUGACGUUCCUUAUUCAUUGUUUCCAGAGCUUGGAAAAUCCUCUUGUUCGCAAAGAAUGCUUAAAGCUGGUACCGAUCACGAUCUGGUCCAAUUUGGCCAACGACGGACGACGCGAGGCUAUCAUGAAUGAAUACGUGCAAUUACGGAAACUAUGGAAUAGCGCAAAGAAGAAGUUUGAUGCAGCUGAUGACGAGACAAAGGAGUCGCUUUUGUUUGAGCAGAAAUGGCUAAGCAUGCUCCUCACGCAGUUCAUUGAAACCGUCUAUCAAAUACCUAAAGAGGGAGAUGUGGAUGUGGAACUUGUUCGGUACUGCGAAUCUUUCUUUGAACUUUUGAUUGACUUGGAAGCACAGUUGCCGACACGCCGUUUCUUCAACACAUUACUCGACGAUCAUGCUGUGGUGAUACUCUGUCGUAUGGCACCCUUCACUGAACGCGAGCACAAGAAUGUCGAACGUAUGAAGCAAAUGCUCGAAACUCUGGCCUUUUAUGCCAAGUUUGAAAUCAAUGAUCAAACUGGUCUGGCACUUACUGAGGUUGAUAUGACGCAGGCACAUUCAUCCGAAUUGAUCCAGCUUCAGCAUACCAUUUUCCGCAACUUUAAAGACGACGUGCCUGAUUUACCACUAGCCAAUCUGGGAUCGAUCGACACCCGAGAGGAUCUGUUGUGGCAUUUCGAACCGGUUCCUAUUGAAAAACUGGUCCAGAUUUGUGACGCAAUCCAUGUUCGCAGCCGCCCUACAUCAGAUGCUAUCGGAUCACAAGUCGACGCAAAGAAAUUCUUGUUGGAAAACCUGAUUGCCAAGUAUGAAAAGCGUACAAGUCAAGUUAAAAGAAUCAAUGCAUUGCCACUGUACCCUGAUGAGCAAACGCUUUUCAACGACACUUUGGUACAAACACAAUUCUAUUCUGGCGAAGGACCUCUCGCUCUUCCCAAGCUCAACUUGCAAUUCCUCACCAUCCACGACUAUCUCCUUCGCAACUUUACGCUUUUCCGUCUCGAAAGCAGCUAUGAAAUCCGACAAGACAUUGAAGAUAUUGUGAAGCGCCUCGCUCCUCGAUUAACAUACCCUGAUCGCAAAACCGAGUUUGCCGGCUGGGCACGUAUGGCAUUGCAGUUGGAGCAUGUCAACAUUGUGGAUGUCGCACAACCCAACCUGGGAGAAGAUCAUCCAGCCCACGUGACUGCAGAUAUCACAUACAACGUUGGCAAAUACACCGAUACGAUUCGACGUGAAUGGGACAGACUUCGAAAGCACGAUAUCGUAUUCUUGCUCACGAUUGAGGCUAAUGAAAAGACGGUUGAAAAAUACACGGACAACAAGGACUUUAAGACGCAUUACGGUAUCAAGUAUGUCCGUGGCUGCGAGAUCAUUGACAUGCUUGGCAGUGACGGACGACCGAUUGACGAUGUACGCAAGCCUACUGUGAACGAUCGUGGACCGCGAUUCACUGGCUAUCAACGGACAAUGCGUGUGGCCCUGGAUCCCAAUCAAUACAAACAGGAUAUGGAGCGCGUUCAUCGACACAAGGGUGAGGAUGUGCAUGAGACGUUCAACAUCCUUGUGCGGAGGAAGCCACAAGAAAACAACUUUAAGGCUGUGCUCGAGACGAUCCGAACCCUUAUGCAAAGUGAUCUAGUUGUGCCCGAUUGGUUACAAAAAGUAUUCCUUGGCUAUGGCGAUCCAAGCAGCGCGCAUUAUACAAACAUGCCAGACCGUAUCCGGGAACUGAAUUUUAGAGACACGUUCUUGGACUGGGAUCACUUGGUGGAGAGCUUCCCUGGAAAGACUGUCGAACCCGCCGAUGGAUUCUCUGCACCUGUACAGCCUCCGUACGUUAUCACAUCAGCACAAGGACAAGUGGAAGAAAAACCCAGAAAGAAAUCAAAGAAAUCAGCUGCACCCGCACAGGAGGCUCCUGAGCAAUUGCAAGUAUCCACAUACAAAGUGCCAAACAUGGGACCUUAUCCACAGGACAUACCUAAGCAAAACUCAGUGCAUUUCACUCCUGUCCAAGUCGAAGCUAUUCGCUCCGGCAUGAACCAUGGUCUUACAAUGGUCGUUGGUCCCCCUGGUACUGGCAAAACUGACGUUGCUGUACAAACCAUCGCCAAUCUCUACCACAACAAUCCUAAUCAACACACGCUUAUUGUUACACACAGCAAUCAAGCUUUGAACCAGAUAUUUGAAAAGAUCAUGGAACUCGACAUUGAUUCGAACCAUUUGGUACGCUUGGGCCAUGGUGAAGAAGAACUCAAUACAGAACUGAGCUUUAGCAAGUACGGUCGUGUAUCGUCAUUCCUGGAAAGACGUUUAGAACUUUUGCAAGAAGUGGAUCGAUUAGCAAAAUCAUUGGGUAUUUCUGGCGAACAUGGAUCAACCUGUGAGACAGCCGGAUACUUUUAUCGCAACCACGUCCUGACGCUGUGGGAUAAAUUCAAAGGAGAUGUCAACAACACCAACGCAGCCGACAAUGUUCGCAACUGUUUCCCAUUCGCCUAUUUCUUCUCAAAUGCACCAACCCCAGUAUUUACAGACGCCAUGGACGCAGAGCAGGCACUUGAAGCUGCCCAGGGUUGCUUUAGACACUUGGAAAAGAUGUUUACCGAACUUGAAGAAAUCCGAGCAUUCGAGCUCCUGCGUACUGGAUACGAUCGAGCAAACUACUUGAUUACCAAGGAAGCCAAAAUUAUCGCAAUGACAUGUACCCACGCUGCACUCAAGCGAUCGGAACUGGUAGGACUCAACUUCAAAUACGACAAUAUCAUCAUGGAAGAAGCAGCACAGAUCCUAGAAGUCGAGACUUUCAUUCCCAUGUUACUUCAAGAACCAGAAGAUGGAAAGAGUCGCUUAAAGCGCGUCAUUUUGAUUGGUGACCACAACCAGCUGCCUCCAGUCGUCAAGAAUAUGGCAUUCCAACAAUACGGAAACAUGGAACAGAGCCUGUUUACCCGCUUUGUCCGAUUAGGUGUUCCUACCAUCCAGUUGAAUGCACAGGGACGAGCAAGAUCAUCUAUUGCUGACCUGUAUAGCUGGCGAUACAAUGGUUUGGAAGAUCUGCCUGUAAUUGCUUCAACAGAAGAAUAUCAACGUGCAAAUGCCGGUAUUGCAUACGAGUACCAGCUUAUCGAUGUUGGUAAUUAUCAAGGCAAGGGUGAAACGGAGCCCGUCCCUUACUUUUACCAGAACCUUGGCGAGGCAGAAUAUAUUGUCGCCAUGUAUCAGUACAUGCGUCUUGUUGGUUAUCCUGCCGAAAAAAUCUCGAUCCUGACAACCUACAACGGCCAACGUGCUUUGAUCAAUGAUGUGCUCGAACGACGUUGCUCAUGGAACCCAUACUUUGGAAAGCCUGGUACUGUGGCCACCGUGGAUCAAUACCAAGGCCAACAGAACGAUCAUGUACUAUUGUCUCUUGUCCGCACCAAGUCAGUUGGCCAUAUCCGCGACAUUCGCCGUUUGAUUGUAGCCAUGUCCCGUGCUAAGCUCGGUCUUUACAUCUUCUGCCGCAAGGAAUUGUUCGAAAACUGCUAUGAACUACGCCCAGUCUUUGAAAGACUUUUGAAGCGACCCACAAAACUCACUCUGCGACCCAACGAAACUUAUAUGACAACACGAAGUGUAAGUGUUUUAAAAACAAAAACAUGGAAAGAGAGUGCACUGCUAGUAUAUAUAGGUAUAUUUAAAAGAAAAUUAAUAUGCAGAUAA